AUGGAUGAGGAAGGUGAUGAUCAACAAGAGGCUGAACAAAAGGUUAAGGUUUCUGAUGACUUUCCAAUGGAGGAAACACAGGAAGCUUCAGAUGCUGAAAUCAACAAUGUGAAAACCCCCAAGAAGACCCUGUUCCAGUCCGACGAUGAAUCCGAUGAUGGCAAUGAUGGGAUGCCCACCCCGAUCACCAAGUUUAUCGACCCAACGACAGGUGAGGAAAGAACACUUCAGGAGAUCUUUGACAACUACGUGCCAGCAGCUUGGAAAAGGUCAAAGGGACAAAGGAGCAGUGACGACUCUACCAAACCUGGCCCACCAACCCCGAAGGCAAAGUCCAGAGCAAAGGCUAAGGCCAAGGCAGGGAGCAAGGUACCUGAGCAGAAGGCUGCAGCCAAAGUGAAAGCUGAGGCCAAAGGGAAGGCAAAGAGCAACCCAAAGAGCAACCCAAAGAGCAAGGCAAAGAGCAAGGCAAAGAGCAAGGCACAGGAUACCCCCAGCCCCAGCAAGCGAGUAAUGGCAUCCCCGGCAAUCAAGAAAGAAAUCAAACGUCGCAAGAAGCAAGACGCCCAGGCUAUGGCAGAACAGGCACAGGACAUGAAGGAUCACAUGAUGCAGGGGAUCUUCGUUCAGAAGAUCAAAAAUGUGGUGGGGUUGGAGUGGGAAGAAUGCAAGGAAAUGCUGAAGGAGAAAGACUGUCCGAUGUACCCCAUGACUUACCUCUCAGCUUACUGGUCCCGACAGGCAGUGGCCGUAGUCUUGAGGGAUGACAACACGGGGAAACCUUCCACCCACCUUGAAUACUUUGGUUUCAGCAAGGGUGAGUCAAAGAAUGUGAAUUUAGCUUUGGCCUAUGUGGCAGCGUGGUUGAUGGCUGGUUGGAUCGAGGACAACCCGAACAAGCUCACAGCUGAUUACAAGGAACCAUCUUCUGAGUUCCAGCGGCAGGACAAUGGAUCUAUCCAAUGGAUGGAGUUCUUCGCCGGUCAGGCAGAGGCCACCAGAAUGUUUGACUAUGGGGGCUUCAAGACUGCUAAAUUGGACAUAAUGUACAUGUCAGCGGAAAAGGGCCGCCAAAACCCAAUGGAUCUGACAACUGAUGCAGGAAACACUGACUUUCCCAGUGUCAGGCAAGCCAACCUCCUAGCUGCACGGAUGAUAUUGUUGAUGAUGCUUGCAGUAUGCUUAAAUGGAUGCAUAAUGGUGGAACAGCCCAAUGGAAGCUUCUUCGAGUUCUUCCCACGUUGGAGAGAUUUGAUGUUGUUGCUUCAAGAACAUGGUGGCAUACACUCAGUUCAUAAAGUGACAUGGUAUAUGCUACACUAUGGAGGUGCCACACCGAAGCGCCACUAUUGCCUUGCGAAUUCUCCCCACGUUGCUGGGUUGUGGGUGGAUAAGCUCAGGAACUGGAAACAGCAACUUGAGAAACUCAAGGCUAGUGGUAAGGCAAAGUCCCUAGUCAUCAAAUACAUCGACAAAGGGGGCAAGAAGCGCUGGAAAGGCAGUAAAUUGCUGCGUUCCAGCGAGAACUAUCCGCCACGUUUUGGACUUCGGCUGGUGGACUUGUGGCACCGCCUGAGUUCUGAGAAGUACGGUAUGCCAGCCUUGCCCAAAGAAGUUCCACCAGCUCAUGAGCUGGAAGCCAUGCUAGAGACUGCCCAUCUUCAGGAGGCUAAGGCUACUCCCCAGCGGGAACUGGUCAACAAGAGUGUGGCGGAGGCUGAAACCCAGCCAGCUUCAGAGGAGGAACUUCUGAAACUGGGGUUGGGUGGGUCAGAUGAUGGUUCUGUGAAGGGCAAGACUCGAGUCACGAAUCGCAUCAUGGCUAUGUGGCGGGGUGGCCAGCUUGAUGGUGACAUGGCCAUGCAGCUUUUGGGGCUUCAAUUGACCACUGGUUCUAGUUCGGCUACAUCCAAUCUGGAAGCUGGAGAGGAAAACGCCCUGAAGGCAAAGUUGAGGCGUUUGUGCGAGCCCAAAAAAAAUGGGCAGUUGCAAGUUCCACAGUGGCUCCAUGACCAGUGGAAGAAUGGAGAUCACAUGGCCAUGGCCAAACAGCUUGCACAGUGCAACUUCGACAAGGAGGCGUUCAUCAAGUUCAAGGAGAAGUCCCUCACAAAGAAUGACAAGACUGUCAGCGAUUUGGAAAUGGGGUGGUAUUCCAGGGACGAUAUGCUGAAGGUCUUAAAAUGGAACACGAAGAAGAUCGAUGGUGCCAUCAAAUGUUGUGAGCAAGAUCAGGCAAACCUGGUGAGGCGCUGUGCCUAUGGCGGAGAUGAUGAGUACUACGUGCGGGUGCGUGAGACAGGGAAUCGCCAGCAUGAAAAGAUCAGUUCGGAGGUCACCAGGGAAAAUGCCCAGGAGCCAGAGAUGGAUUGCACGGCAUCACUUCCGGAUGUGAGUGCCAGUGAUGCUGACCAAGUUGAGACCCGACUGAGAGCUACAACUGCUGGGACUGUUGUGGCCACGUCUCAGGCCAACAGGUCCAAAGACACCUUCCGAAAGUAUAUCGAUUCCGUGCUGCAGAAAAGUGCCAAGAUCAGAGGAUUGAUUGGUGACCUACGCAAGAACUACUGUGAAGAUGAGCAUGCAAAGAAGUCCAUUGAAGCCUUGGAUCAGGAUUUGGCGACUUUGGACAACGAGUACAACACUUUGAGUGAACACAUGGCCAAAGGAGAGCAGGAUGAUUUCAACCCUGAGUGGUUUGGCAAUCUUAUGGUGGGCAAAGGAAGCAGAGGCAAAGAUGAAAGCAUCGACUUUCACGUGGCCCACUAG